AUGAUGCAGCCCGGAGGACUCGGAGAUGCUCAACAUGUCACAGUCGACAUUCAGAAAAUCUGCGACACUAUGAAAUCCAAGGCCGAGCAAAGAACCUGCAAGAAAUACGGCGUCUUUGUUGCCAAGCUUUACAAAGUACAGGUAGUUGCUGGGACCAACUACUUCAUUAAGGUGCACGUGGGAGGAGACGACUACGUCCACAUUUGCGUCCUACAAACUCUGCCACGUCAAGGGCAAGGGCCGGAGUUUGUCAGCAUCAAGGAGCACAUGAAAAAAGACGACGAAAUCUUGCCCUUCUGA